AUGGAGUGGCAUCCUAUGGUAAAUUGCAAAAUGUUAAAGUAUCUUCAUGAGAAUCACCGAUAUGCCAAAUGCUCUGAACGGGCAAUGGAUAACGCCGCCAGCAGCAAUCACAUCGAGGUGGUUCAAUUCCUCCAUGCGAAUCGUAGUGAGGGAUGUAGCACCGCUGCCAUCGACUUUUCAGUUGGCCAAAACAACUUGGAGAUGAUUCGAUAUCUCGCUGAGAAUAGGACCGAAGAGUGCGAUACCACUGUUUUCGAUAUUGCAGCAAGUUGUGGUUAUCUCUCGAUUGUUAGAUUCCUCAGUGAAAAUCGAACAGAAGGUUGUACUUCAUCUGCUUAUGACGGUGCCGCUAAAGGUGGUUACCUCAAAGUUUUCAAAUAUCUAAUAGAGAAUAGAACCGAAGGUUUUACAGAACAAACAUUCUACAACGCAAAGAAAUUCAAUAGAAACAACAUACUUCAAUACAUCACAGAAAAUAAAUUAAAAGCAAAUAAAAAGAAUAAUGACACAAAUCACAGACAAAGACAUGUCGGAGAAUAA